AUGAACGAGAUGAGCGAGAGAAAACCCAUAAUGUUCAAGAGAAAUUCUGGAGAAUCUGAGCUCGAAGGAUCAAACAUCAAGAAGAUAAGACUCGACGAUGAUGACGAUUUAGCAGAUUCUGAGGUUUUACGCUCACUGGAGAGAACGUUUUCUUCUUCUCUAGCUUACUCUGCUUCAGAUUCUGGAGGUUUCUCCGCCGAAGACGAUCAUCGGAGCUCAAGCGUCAGCACCGGCUGUUCAAGCAGCGAAACUAACGAAAUCGCUUCAGAUACUCGUCUGCCAUUUUUAGAUCUGGAGGCUCAACAAAUCUCCGAAGCCGAAAUCUCGACGUUAGGGACCAACAAUUUCAGAGAAGAAGGAAGCCAAGUAAUAAGCGAGAUUCUUGGAGAAACAGCUGAAAUGGACUCGGCGACGACGGAGAGAAGAGAUGAUCAGCGAAAAGAAAGGAAGAAGACGGAAAAAUCUCCGACGCAGGCUGAGCUUGACGACUUCUUCUCGGCGGCGGAGAGAUUUGAACAAAAACGAUUCACAGAGAAGUACAACUACGAUAUCGUUAAUGAUACGCCGCUUGAAGGUCGGUACCAGUGGGUUAGUCUCAAACCUUAAAAGGCAAAGAGAAGAAGAAGAGGAAACAGAAGAGACAAUGCUAAAGUUACACGUCGUAGUACUGUGACUUGUCACAGACAUGGAAUCGUAGGAGUUUUAUUUCAUUGUACAGUCCUCUAAUUUUAGUUUCAUAAUUUAACGAUCUUAUGUUCUUCGUACCCAGAGAGAAAAGACGCAGCUUUUUUGUUUU